AUGCUUCUCGCCCGCACGCAAGGCCGCCUGGCCGCAGCAGCGCCAGAGUCGACCACCAUGACUGUCGGCAGGCUUCUUUCCAUGACGACCGGCGCGCCCAUAGCCAAAGCAGCAACACCAACAGCUCCCACACGCCAAGCCAGUACGCCACAGAUAACACCAACCGGCAGACACGCCCCGGAGGCGCAAGAUGCCGAGGAACCACAACCAGGCUUCUGGCAGGGCGAGCCAGCCCAGCCCAGGCCGGCCGCGCCGCACGCGCCGGCCGAGGAGCAGGCCGUCUGGGAGGCCUGCGAGUACCUCCGAGGGUUCGUGCGCGACAACUGGGGCGAGGGCGCGGCGCACGCCGCCGUCAUCGAGUGCGAGGUGCCCAUGGCGCGGAUCUGCGAGUUCGGCAGGCUGCCCGAGAGGCAGGGCACGCGGUGCUGCACGCGCCUCGUCCGCAUCCCCGUGCUGGCCGAGGAGAUUGGCCAUCGGCUGUGGAGGAUGCUUUCGGAGGAGGCGGCGCUCGAUGCGCUGGCGGACGGAGGAGAGCGGGAAUCUGGACCUGCUGUUCUGCUGGCUCUUUGGAGGGACUGCGACGUUUAUCAUGGGCAGGAGGACUUGGAGUUGGCUUCCGUGGAGGGCCAGAGGCCACAGUACAGGCAGUGCUGGAACUGUCAUGGUCAGGGCAAAUACCAAGAAGUCGAGGAGGCGGCUGGGUCCAUGACCUCGUGCUAUCGCUGCAUGGAGUGUUUUAACAGGUUUGAUGUCAAGACGGUUGCAAUGUCAAGCCGCCGAGGCCUUUGA